ACUAGUAAGUACUAGUAGUAGUAGUCGCGCCGCCGUUUUAACUUAACCUAAUUUCAUUUUACACUAUCAGUGUUAAUUUCUCAUUAGCGGCUUGCAUAAGUUACUCUUAUCCUAUAGUAUUUAGUAUUUGAAGAGUUCAUAGCCACUAAGCAAUUAUUAUAAUUUUCAAAAUGCCUGAAGUAAAUGAGGGAGUUUUGCAGUCAUCUGUCGAAAAAGCAGAGGCAGAGGGUAGUACAGAACAAAAAAAAACAGCUACAAAUGGAACUUCAGAAAAUGGUGUCUCCUCCACCAGCCCUGAGAAGAAAUCCCCUGAUAAGAAUGAUCCUGAAGUUUUGCUGGCUCAAGGAAAAAGACACUUGUUCAUCAAAGACUUUUCAACUGCUGUGAGUCUGUUGGGAGAUGCUUGUGCGAAAUUUGCUGAAGCACAUGGAGAUCUGGCCGACGAGUGUGCAGAAGCAUAUUUCAACUACGGGAGAGCCCUCUUGGAGCUUGCUAGAGAAGAAAGUAACGUAUUAGGAACAGAGCCUGAAAAAGAUGAUGGUGAAGAAAAUGAAGAGGAAGGAGAGGAUGAAGGAGGAGAGGAAGAAGGAGAAGGAAAGAGUGAAGAGGGUGAAGCUGAAGCUAAAAACACAAAAGAAACAGAGGCUGAUGAUGAUGCUAAAGAUGAUGAUACCAAGAACGAAGACAAAGAAGCCGUUGCUGAUGAAACCAUUGAUACAACAAAAGAGGUUAAUGAGGUCGAAGAAGGUGAAGAGGAAAAGGAGGAAGACGUAGAUAAUCUCCAGCUUGCAUGGGAAGUGUUUGAACUUGCCAAAAACAUUUAUGAACGCCAAAAAGAAGAUGCUAAGCUAGCACAGACAUAUUUGUUUUUGGGAGAGGUUGGAAUGGAAUCUGAAAAUUAUGUCAGUGCAGUUGACGAUAUGAAGAAAUGUGUUGAAAUCCAAAAACAAAUUCUUCCUCCCCAUCAUAGAGACAUUGCAGAGACCUACUUUCAGCUGGGAAUCGCAUGUUCUUUGUCUAACGAGUUUGAUGAAGCAAUAGUUAAUUUUAAAACAUCCUGUGAAAUUUUGGAAGCGCGAAUCAAGGAGUUGGAGGAUCAUGGUGCCCCUGAAGUGGAUACUGAAAAAGACCCUUUCUACUCAGUGGAAAAAGAGGUUAGUGAAAUAAAGGCAUUGUUGCCAGAAAUCAAAACGAAAAUCUCUGACAUGGAAGACUUCAAGCAAGAGACAUUGAAGAGAGUCAUUGAAAAGAUAAGAGAGGCGCCUCAAAGCAGUGAUGGUGCUGGUUCUUCCUCUUCUUCUAGCUCAGUUCCAGUUACUAAUGGAACUGUUCAUAAACCAGCUACUGAUAUUUCACAUCUUGUAAGGAAAAAGAGGAAACCGGAUGAAGAGACUGUGAAUGAACCUGUGGUCAAAAAAUCUUGCACUGAAGAAGUAAAGAAGUAAGUAGUGUUGUUCAGUUUCAAUUUCUAAUGUACAUUAGUAUUUUUCUUAAAUGGUCAAAUGUGAUUGAACUGUAACAAACUCUUUUCGCUCAACAAAUGGAACUUAAACAAGGGAAAGACUGAUUUUACUUGAUCAGAUGUAGGUUGUUUUAAGUGAAUGUAGCUUUAUUUAAAUAUGAGUAAAUCUAUGACUUAAUUUUUAGAUGUAUAAUAUCCGAUACUGAAACAUGUUGAUUGCUCUUUUUUGCUUCCAAUUUACCUUAUAGUGUUGAACCGCUGAAUGAUUUCUAAGUUAUAUAAAUUCAAACAAAAAAUAAACUAAAUUCUAAAUUCUAUGAUUGUUAUGUUCUAAUUUUUGGUUGUCUUCAAUUCAAUGAAUUGUUGUAAUGAAGGCAUGAGUAAACUAUUGUGUACCUGUAAGUUUUGAAUUACCAUGAUUUUGCUUUGUAUUAGCUGAUUUUUGUACUAAUAAAACUAUUUUAUUUCAUA